CGUCUCAACUUCGCUUCACUUGUGUUUUUUUCUAAUUUUACUGUCAUUAGACCGAUAAUUUGAUGCAUAUUUUGUAUGCAACAGUUAUUUUGACCACAUAUUUUGCUCUAUUAUGAUUCAAAUCAUCGCGGGGAGUGCUCUAAGUGCUUCUAUAAACUAAAAUCAAUAACAAUCAGUGACCAACAAAGUUACCAAGAUGAAUUAUGAGGCGGAAAGAGCGAUGAACCAGAAGCGAUUGCGUAUGGAGGGCGAGCCGGGCCACGGAGUCGUCCAGGGGAACGGUUUGCCGCUAAAUUAUAUAGAUAAUGGGCACCAGAUACCGUACCAGCCUUACGCGGGAGCUUACAACACGCAUUACCCGCCCCCGGAUGCGUUUUCCCCGUACGGGCCGCCGCCCCCGGGGGGCUACGCGCCGCAAAACCUGUCGUAUGCCCCCCCCGCGCACCAAAAUUACCCUCAUCAUCAGAGUUUUCCGCCACAACAGCCUCCACAGGCUCAGUUGCAUAUGCAAUCCCAUAUGGUGCAAGGCUACGGAGACGUGGGGGUGCACAAGCCAGCGUGGCCCCCGCAGCCUCACCUGUUGCCUCCGCUCGAUGCUCAGAAGCCGCUGGACGUGAAACAGCUCAAACCGGAGAUCAAACUCGAGCCGACCGACGCACAGAAACGACCCCAUCCAGAAAAUGAGAUGAUGGGAGGAGAUCUGGAUCAACCAAAAAUAAAGAUCAAGACAGACAUAUUUAAGCCCGAUGAUUUAGCACACAGACCGCUAAUCGAUAAACCUCUAGAUGUUGCCCACAAGCCAAUGGACCCACACAAACCAGCAGAUUUACAGAGUAAAGAAGAUGGUCUUGCUGUAGGAGACAAACCCACGGAUAAAGCAGAGUCGUGUCAGGCGGAAGGAACUAAAGAUGGCGGUGGUGACGUCCAACGUCCGUCUGACGCGAGCGCAGCUUCCGCUGACAAGUCGGAGGAAGAUCGGAAACCGUUCAGCAGUCCGGAAGGUGCCAAGAUGGCGUCGACUCCUGGGAAGACGCCGACGUCCAGUAUGGAGCCAAAGAAGCGCGGCCGGCCGAAGGGGUCGACCAACAAGCCGAAGCCGGCCGGCGCCGCGCGGCUGAUAUUUUCACGCCCGCAGCCAAAGAAGCGCGGCCGGCCGAAGGGGUCGACCAACAAGCCGAAGCCGGCCGGCGCCGCGCCCAAGCUGGCUCCGUCCGUGCCCGGCGCCGCUUCUCUUCGAGGAGCCGCGCCUCGGCCGGCGCCGCCCGCCGUCCGGCCAAGAGCGACCGGAUACCAGUACGCUAUCAGGCCGUUCAGGAAAGACUUCUCCGGGAUACAAUUUAGAAGGCGAUGGAGCGACGACUGUCUCGACUCGUCGCACAUACCCAACGAAGUCUACUUUGGCGACGUUCCCGUCUCCAUGGAGGUGUUGUUCAACUACUACGACGCCAACGCUGAAAGGGAGAAGCUGGCCACCCAAGCGGCUCAGAUAGCCGCUCAGAAGGCCGCCGCGGCUAAACUGGCCGCUGCUAAACUACAAGCGAGGGGACUCAUAUCCAACGAGGUCACUACGGUGGACUCAUCAUCGUCAGACGAUACAUCAGGAUCUUCAGGAAGCGAAUCGGAAGACAGUGAUGACGAGACGCCUCUAAAACGCGGCCCAGGCCGGCCGAAGGGCUCCAAGAACUCUGGGAGCCCUAAACCGGCGGGCACGCCGGGUUCAGUCGGCCGGCGCGGGCGCCCGCCGGUGCCGCCGGAACUCCGCCAGCCGGGGAUCACUGAUAUGAAGAAGUUCUGCAAGGCCGCCGGAAUACGCUUCGAUUAUAAGAAGCUGGUUGAAGGCUGCACAAAGAACAAGGAACGAGUCCAGAAGAUGAUGGACCUCCUAACAGCCGCAGGGCUGGAGGGCAAGCCCACCAUCGACAAGUGCCGCGCGCUCAAGCAGGCCAAGCAGGACAAGAAGGAGCAGGAGAAACAGGCCAAGCGCGACGCCAAGACCACCAAGCACAAAGAGAAGGAAGGUUAG